AGCAGCUGUACCGCGAUUAAAUAUAAGUGUGUACCUCAAUUCGUAGUUCUGUGUGACUCUAUCUGUGGUUGUGUUUUUAUGUAUACUGUCCAAUGUUUAUCGAAUAUUCGAAUAGCUUCAAAUGUACAUGUACUAUAGUGUGUGGUUGGAACUUGGAUGCGUAAGCAAGUACACUAAUUUAAUUGCAUGAUAAAUGAAAGAUGAAGUUUAUUUAUCGUGGUAGUAUAUAGCCUUCUGGGUCAUUAAAUUAUCGAAUAAUAUUAGUUCAAAUAGUAUCAAACUAGCGUGGUGAUAGUUAGUGAAAUUUACGUUACAAAUACUGACAAAAUAAAAUUGUUAAUUCAAUUAAAAUUAAAAUAGUGACGAAUAUAACAUGUACAGAAAUACAUAAACGAUUUUGAAAUGAGUUGUUUAAAAAUGGUCCAAUCUAAACGUGGUAAACCAGCAGUAAUAUAUCAGAGAUAUUUUUAUACUCAACUCAAAAUAUUAAAUAAUCAUAACAUCGUAUUUAUGUGUCCGAAAAAAAAUUGUUAUGCCUCGAUAAAAACUGACCCACAUCUAUAUUCAGUAAUAGAACAACGUGGAGAACACAAAGAACCGCAGUUAACUAAUUUACAAAUUGAAAAUUACGAAGUAAGUUUUUUAAUUUGAAAUCUUUUUCUAAAAUAAAAACAAUUUUUAUAUUUUACUUCUAGUAUUAGGUAAUUUUUAAUUUCUUUCAUUUUCAUCUCAACUAUUCACCAUCGAUCACCCUUUUACUAAAUUUCUACUCGACCCGAUUUCUACUUUUUUUUUGUUAAAUUCAUUUUAGAUAAAAAAUAUUGCAAGAAAUAAUAAGGCGAAGAAAAAACAUACAGUCAGAGAGAACAUAUCCACAAAACAAACAGCUGAAAAUUUCAACAUGCCCAUAAAAGUAAGAAAAUGGAAUAUUAUUAUCAUUUUAAGUGCUACUUUAGCUGUAAAGUUUCUAUCGCGAUCACGGUCUUAAAAAUUCUUCGUGAUUAUGAGCUAUUCUCUAGCUGAGCUAUACUAAACUAGUUUUGUAUGUAUCAAAACUUAAAACAUGGCAUAAUAAUAAAUUAUACUUCAAAAUUCUGAUUCCCCUACCCCCAAUAUAAAAAAAUAAAUAAGGUGUCCGGUAAAAUAACUUCUUUAGUAUCUCUCAAUAAAUUCUUAAUGUUCCAGAUUAAAAUGUAUAAUAAAUUCAAAUACUCAAUAUUCAGUACUAUUAUACCUAUAGGCGCUUGGAGAUGAAUGUGCACUCUUAAUACAAUUUAAAAUAUUACAUUUAGUUUUAGUUUUUUAUAGGUACUCCUAUUAACUAUUUAUAUGAAAAAUAAUAUUAUUAUGAAUUGUUAUCAAUUUUGUUUUUAGAUGGAAUAUGAAAGUGUUUCAUCAACAGAAAUGAAUAUAAACUGCCCUCAGGAGGAACAAAUUCACCAAGAAACAACACCAACCAAAAAGAAGAAUAAAACUAUAUUACCAAAAAAAAAUAUCGAGUUAGAGCCAGGGCAUGGUGGUGCAAAUAUAACUGAAACUUUAUCAAUAAUGAGAACAAUAGCGGAAAAUAGGAAUAAUAUUUCUGAAAAAGACGAAUGUGAUAUAUAUGGAGAAUAUGUGGGAAAAAAGUUAAAAUCUUUUGAUAAACGAACUAGAGCAAUUUUACAAAAUCAAAUAAACAAUUUAAUAUUCAACAUGGAAAUGAAUCCACCGAUUGUACAACCACCAAAUGUAAUGUAUUUAACACCAGCCAACUCUUAACCUACAUAAAAGAAAAUCUCUCCACUAAUAUACCAAUAAGACAAAAUUGGCUUUUAGAAAUAAUGUUAUACUUACACAAGAAGAUUGGAGCAAGAGAUCUAGAAGAAAAGUAAAUAGUUAUUCACAAACAGACUUAAUAAGUUAGGAAAGCUAACCAUCCAAGUUCUAAGUUUCUAAAUAUAUUUUUAAUAUUAAUCUAUAAUUUUAAAAGAAGUAUAUUAUUAUGCUUACAUAUAUAUGUACUUAAAUAAAUUAUAUAUUUUAAUUUGGAAACAGUUGACAGGGCAUUUUAAAACAAUUUUCAAGUAGGUACUUAUUUAUUUAUUUACUAAUCAGAUCGCAGCACAAGUAUACAAAUUUUACAAGUUAGCUUACAGUUAAUUAUAUAAUUACCCAAGUAGAUUAAUUUAACAGAAAUGAUUGGUUCUCGUUGGCAAUGUGCAUCAUCCUAAACAUUGAUUGGUUAUGUGAAUAGUUAAUGGUGAAAGGAUAAGGUGAACGAGACCAGAGGUAAGACUUUCUAAAACAAACUUGGAUAAAUAAUUGUGGAACAAUCUCAUCACUCCAUCAAUAAGCUUCCUUAACAGUUGGUUAGCGAUUCUUAGAUUAUUCUACUCAUAUUCAUGCGACUGGUGGUUAAUUCUCAACAAAAUUCAAAAAUGUACACUGGAUCCUUUUUAUCUGUGUGUAUGUCCCAAAUAAACCUAAAGAAAUUGACCUAACAAGAGCACAGUAUAGAGCUUUUAGGGGAGUUAACAAUUUAAAUUUGUUGCAAGUUCACUUUAAAAAUCCAAGUGUUUUCAAAGCCUUGCAGCGCGAUAUUUCAAUGUGGAAUUUGAAGUUCAAAUUUUGAUCAAAUAAAAUCCCCAGAUCAUUAACUAUAUUUCAUAGAAGAGUAAGAACAGUACCAGACAGAUGGUAAGAAAAUUCCAGGUGAAUACAAUUUUUAUGAAAGGACAUUGAAUGACAUUUGGUUAGGUAUUAUCAGCUCAAUCAGCCAGAGCAUUUAAAUUACUUUGUAUUAAUUGGAUAUAAUUUAUAGUCCUUUUUUCAUGAAUUAUUUAAAACCACCAUCAUUCUGAUCGAGACAAGAAAUAUAUAUAUUGGUUUUACUAUAAUGUGUGCGAAUGUUUCUCUUUCUGUUUGUUAACAUUUAAUGCAAUCAAUAAGUAAUGGUACUCAAAUUGAUACAGACAUUAGAAAAGCAUUUAAUAUUAUAAGCAUAAAUAUUUUGAUCAAUCAACAUGUCAAUAUUGAAGUAACCCAAUGAUUCUUACAAGUAUUAAAUAUUAAACAUUAAAUAAAAAACUACCCAACAUUGGAGAAUCAUUAGCUAUUGAAUUAAUAUUGAUACCUUGGAACUUUGAAAUUUAGAAGGCAACUUAAAGACCUAUGUAGGCCUUAAUAUUUACUAAAUUCCAAGAUUGAAUAUUCUGGAAAACUAUUUUUAAUCUCAUUCAAUGUUCCAACAUUCUUGUUAAGAUCCACAUCCACAUUUUAAAUUCCUACACAAUUACUGUAUUUUUUCGCCAGUAAACCAAAUGUUAAUACUAGGAAAUAAACUUAAGUAAUUUGAUUUCUUCUUCUACUCUCUUACGGAUAUGAAUAUUGUUUAAAAAAUAAAAAAAAAUAUUUAAAUUUAUAUCUACAUACCAGUAAUUUGUUUUAUUUGUGCUUAUUAUUGUUACUAUGUACCUAUCCUGUAUUUAAAAUUAACAAUAGUAUCGUAUAUAUUAUUACUAUAUAUACUAAUUAACAGUUAGUACUGUCCUCUAUGCCCACUGGGGCAGUGAACAUAGUAAGGGGGAGAGAGGUGUUUUGGUGUUUAAACACCUCGUUUAAUUAUAUUUAUACCUGAAAAUUAUAAUUUUUAAUAUAUGCAGUUAUGCAUCAGAUAUCUACAAGAUGUGUUAUAUUACAUACAGAUAAUUAUUAAUGUAUAAGUUAUGUAUGUUAGUGUACACAAUAAAGUUACAUCUAAAUACAAAAUAAAAACACCUCCCACACUAAAAAAAUCCUGGUUAAGCCCCUGCACUAGGGCUUUAGAUUUCACUAUUCUAAAAUGAAACUACUUUUCCUCUAAAUUUUUUCCAACUAAAAAAGAAUUAGUGAUUUUUUGUAACAUAUUUGAUCUAAUAUUGUAUUUUUUCUAAAAUAAUAUACAAUUGUAAAUCAUUUUAUUAAUCAACAAAAAAAAUAUUCAGAAAUGUAAGCAUGUUUUGCUAUAAAUCUAACUAAUUUAUCUUACACUAUACCCACUAUAUAUUAUCUGAGUGUUAUUGAGGGGAUUUAUUCAAGCUAAAUUUCACUACUAUAUUUCAAUUAUAUUUAAACUAUUAAUUACUCUAUUAAUGAAUUAAAUUUAGUUAAAUAUAGUAUUUUUGAUUAUUAUAUUAUACAAUUCUUUAUCAUUAAAUUUAUUGAAAUCUGGUUUCAACACAAUGGUUACAAUUUGUUGUGUAUAAUAUUAUUAUAGAAGCUCAUGAAAAUUGGGGAAAAAAUGAUUUGGAAUAAAGAAUUACAGGUCAAAUCUUUCUUAGGAAUACAGUAGAAACCCCUUAUUAGGAACACUUCUGGACCAUGGUGAAAUGUGUCAAUUAACAGAUUGCUGUUUCCAAAAGGUGAUUGUAUUUAUUUAUUUAUACUAUUAAAAAAAAUAUAUACA